AUGAGCGCUCCGGAUGAGGUCUCUGCCUGGGGAGUGGGUCUGGGUCUGAGCCCGGAGGGCGGGGGGCAGGCCAGCGUCCGCCCCGCCGGCCGCCGGGCCCCGCGGGCCCCGGGACGAGGUCUGGAUCCGGGGCCGCCGCGCAGCGGCGAGGGCGAGGGCGAGGGUGGGUUCCCAGACGCCGAGGGCUUCGAGUCCGAGCGGGAAGUGAUGGAAGCGGGAGGGCCGGUGCCGUGGGGCCGCGAAGGCCGCCCCGGCGCCCCGGCCGACGACAAGGGGGACGCCCUGGACUACGCGUCCCACCUCGCUGACGAGUCCGCGGCGAACACGGAGCAGCAGCUGACAGACCGCGAUGCCCGGGGCCUGCGGAGAAACCCGUCCCCGGAGAGCGGCGCCGUGGAGGCGUCGGGCCGUUGGGCCGGCCUCGAGGCAGGGCCCAGUGGGCGAGGCGCGCUCGCCCUGGGCCGCGUGGGGUCGCGGCCGCCUUCCGCCGCCCCGCUGCACGUCGGUGGGCCCGAGUGGGGCCGGGCCUGGGGGAACCCGAAAAGAGGAGCCAAGGGCAGGUCGACCGUCCGGGUGGAUCGCCAGCGGCCCCCGGCCACCGAAGGCCCCGGCGGGCUGCCCUCCGACCCCGAGUCCUCAGAUGAGUUCAGCGAGAUACAGCUGACGAGGGUGAGCAUUUACUCCAAAGAAGGCGGCCCAGCCAAGCCCAGCAGCCCCGAGGAUCCCGGGGACACAGCCAGACACGCGAAUUUCCACGUCAGGGAGAAGUUCCUUCACGUGCGGGGCCCUUUCCUGACCUCCGCUCCCCGAGGAUUCACUUCGGUUGUGGAGAGGCAGGCCGUUGGAGAGCUGGACGUCUCCUCCUCUAAGAAAAUGCCAAGUGUGGUCUGGGGGAAGGGGGAGAGCAGGCCCAGCUACCAGGGAGCUGCUGCUGUUGCUGCCGCUGCAGGUGGCCUGCCCCAGGCCACCUCGAGGAGUAAGGCGGCCCAGGAGAAGAAAUGCCUAGGGGGGGCCUCAAAAGUGGCCCCGGGCAAAAGCUUCCCUUCCUGGGGGCAGAGAGUCUCGGCUGCUCCCCUGGAACCAGCCACCUUCCCCCCGAUCUCCGGUGUCCCGCUGCUUGGGAGGUCCGAGAGGUAUUCCUUGGUCCCUUCGGGACCCAAACAGUCCAAGCACGCGGGCGCCGCCGGCAAGAAAUCUGUGGCCAGGAGGACACGGGAGGCAGAGGUGGCGGCCGCUGCAGGAGAAGGCAGUGACUCCAACAGAGACGCGGUCCUCCCAAAGGGCCAACUUCCAACACAGAGGCCAGGCCCAUCUUCGUGCAUGCAUCGCAGGGAAUGCAGCAGCGGUGAUCUCCACGCCAGAGCCCCCCAAGUUCCAGGAAGCUCGGAGCCCUGGGCCCUGAGCCAGGGAGACGUCCUGCACAGAGGGCCUGCCCUCUCCG